AUGCUUUGUCAACACAGGAAAUCUGACAAUUUCAUGUUUAUGUCUACUUAUUAUAAUAUUUUCAAAUAUAGCAUCCAUCUUUGUCCAGUUGCAGUAUACCUUUUACUAUUAGUAACAAAUCUUUAUUUACUCAGUAGUGAAAAAACAUUUUAUAUCAAAGAAGAAACUUUCUUGGUUGGUGAAAUAUAUAAAGGGAAUCAGUUUUCUUCUAUUGAACAAAAGAUCGACAUGAAAAAUGAAUAUUUAUUGGAUAAUGAAGAAAGUUCUCCAUCUAAGACUGAAUUUAUGAGUGAAUCGAUUGCUAUUGAAAUGAAUUUCAAGAAACCAAACUUUAAGAUUGUAAAUCUUUCUGAAAUUGACUCCGGUGUUUUCAAUCUAACAUUUGUUCUCAAUAUACCAUGGACUAAAGAUUUUGAGAACAAAUUUAGCGAGAAGACAUUAACAUUAAAAUAUUUCAUAUCACAUGGAAUUGAAGACUUGUACGAUCUGCAGUACUAUAGCAUGGACAAAUCUAUAUCAGCAAAUAUUGAAAGAGUUGACAAAGAAAUGUUUCUCAAAAUGCUUGGAGUUUGUUUGGAACUAGAAAUUUCUACAAUAAGGGGAGAAGUUAAAAUAUUAUGA